UUAUUGACGUCACAACAUGGCAGUCUUCUUGAGCCGGUUACACCACAUUGCGCUCCACGUUACAAAUGUGGAGAAAGUAAGUCACGAGCUGGUCUCUAAAUUCAAGUUUAAUUUGUUCGCGACCAGGCUGACGGACAGCUGUCGGCAGCUGGCGUUCAGAAAGGGAGCGGCGGUUUUCGUGGUGAACGAGCGACCGGCCAUCAAAGAAAACGGUCCACAGUCACGCCGGGUCCUCGCGGGGACAGACACCGCGGAGUGGAACGGGAAAUGCCUUUAUGACGUCAGCCCUCGGUACUCAGUGGACACUGCGUGCAACGUGUGUUUCGAGGUGAAAGAUGUGGAAAGGUCAUUCAAGGCUCUGCGCGCUCUCGGCUGCGAGUUCCUGGUCCCGCCCACCACGGUGCGGGACCACGGAGGUCCCGUGGACUACAUGGUGCUGAAAUCAGUUGUGGGUAACGUGUCCCACACACUUAUUGACAGGACCAACUACGAGGGCACCUUCUUGCCGGGGUAUGAUGCUGUCUCUGGGAUCUGUGACGUGGAGGAGUGUCCUGUCACGCACUUUGAUCACGUCACUUUUGCCUGCUGCAGAAAAUCAACUCCGCACAUCAUGCGGUGGUACGAGAAGCUCUUUGCAUUUCAGAGGUUUUUCAUUGACAGAAACGAAGAUGUGGAUGACGGUUACAUUGUAAACCAUGAGGGGAUUGGGCUGCGGCUUACUGCCAUGGAGUACUGGAAGUGCAGCAAAGCCGGCGUCAAACUUCCCUCUGCGGACAAAAACAAACCCGACUGCAAGUUUGUCAUCGCAGAGUCGCUGCCCGAACAAGGCAGGAACCAGGUGGACACCUUCUUGGAGCAGCACAGGGGCCCGGGGAUCCAGCACGUCGCACUCUAUACAAACGACAUCGUGGCUACCGCGCACACAAUGGCUGAAGGUGGUGUCCAGUUCUUCUCGCCUCCUCCUGCCUACUACACCAAGGUGGGAAAGCAGCAGGAGAUCCAGGAGGCGGGAUACGACCCCCAGAUACUUGCCGAGCACGGCAUCCUGCUGGACACGGACCUCCACCAAGACGUGUCAUCACAGGCAGGUGAAAACAACAGAUACCUCCUGCAAGUGUUCACCAAGCCCAUCUUUGCAGAAGACACAUUCUUUCUGGAGCUGAUAGAGCGAAGAGGAGCGACAGGCUUUGGCGAAGGGAACAUCAGAGCAUUAUGGAGGUCGGUGCAGACGUACAUAGAGAAUGAGGCAGCGGGUUGUCAAAGGUUGAGUGAACCACAGAGUGCGCAGCAUUAGUCUGUGCAGAAUUUUCCUUUUUUGCAAAUACCUUCAUGUCUGAGAGCAACUAAAACAUAAUGUAAGAUGUUUAUGUUUUCCACAAAUGAGUUUGAUAGAGUUUACUGCUGAUCUAAAAGUUGCACUGAUAUCAGAAUAUGUAUUAUUAUUGUUAUUAUUUUAUUAUUAUCAUGAUAUCAUAUUGGUUUUAUGAUAUUGUUUUUGUCAGACUUGUGAUUACUGAAAAACCAAAGAUUAAAGAAGAUGGUAAAGAGUGAGACAUCAUAUGCUUUUCUUAAAACGGCACAACAAAAAUGCACCUUUUUGCAGUGAAAAACUUUGUCUUCAUUGCUUCAAAGCAAAUUGCCACAAAUAUUCCUUAAUAAAGUUUUGUUGACACU